CUCUCUCUCUCUUCCGCCCAAACCUUGCAGACACGCACACACAGAGACUCGGCAGCCACAAAACCCUAAGGCAACCAUGGCGGCUCCCCCAAUCAAAUCGGUCCAGUGCUUCGGCCGCAAGAAGACGGCUGUAGCCGUCACCUACUGCAAGGAAGGCCGCGGCCUGAUCAAGAUCAACGGCUGCCCCAUCGAGCUGGUGGAGCCAGAGAUCCUCCGCUUCAAGGCCUACGAGCCAAUCCUCCUCCUCGGUCGCCACCGCUUCGCCGGAGUGGACAUGCGGAUCCGCGUCAAGGGAGGAGGGCACACCUCUCAGAUCUACGCGAUCCGUCAGAGCAUCGCGAAGGCGUUGGUGGCGUACUACCAGAAGUUCGUGGAUGAGCAGAGCAAGAAGGAGAUUAAGGACAUUCUCGUCAGGUAUGACCGUACUCUUCUCGUCGCCGAUCCCCGGCGCUGCGAGCCCAAGAAGUUUGGUGGUCGUGGUGCCAGAGCUAGGUUCCAGAAGUCUUACCGUUAGAGCCUUUGCCUUGCCCUAUGCUUAUGCUUCUGUUCAGUUUAAGCGUUUUGGUUUCGUAUUCGGAGCUUUUAGGGAGCUUUGUCAUGGAUUAUUGUUGUUAAGUUUUGUUAUGGAUUUAUAAUUAAGUUUCUGGUGAAGGAUGUUAUGGAUAUUUAUGCUUUCAUCUAUAUGUGAUGCUACUUUUGGGAA